UAAUGAUGCGUCAAGGAGCGAAUCAAGCAGUACGUUUUUCUACAUAUUCUACUUUGAAACAAGAAUAUCAAAAAUAUUCAUCACCAGGACAACCGAUUCCAUGGUCAGUAACAUUUGGAAUAGGAGCGAUUGCUGGUACAGUGACGGUUUAUUCGACAAUGCCUCUCGAUGUUAUAAAGACUAAGAUGCAAGGGCUGAAUGCAAAAGAAUUAUAUAGAAAUAGUUUUCAUUGUGGAUGGAAAGUUAUGACUGAAGAAGGUGUGAUCGCUUUUUGGAAAGGAGCAACUCCAAGAUUGGGAAGAUUACUGUUUUCCGGAGGUAUUAUCUUUACAGUUUAUGAGCAA